UCAGGGUUGAGUGAUGGUGUCGCGCGCAUCUCCCGCGUGUAAUCUCAUUCGAUCACAUCUCUCGCGCUAAGGUGGAGGGACUCGCUGGUUAAUCCUCAAGGUUUUACUCCAACCAGCAGGGAAAUCAACCACAGCAGAAUGCUGCGGUCCCCCGCACAACCACGAGCCUAACCCAAAACACAUUGCAACUUUUUACAUUAAACACUUAAAAGCCAGGUCUUAACUACUUCUGCAGUUUGCCAAGUUACCAGUGCGCCAACGAUGCCCCACCAAGAGCAAGUGCUCGUGCACGGGAACCUCUGCGCCCCGGGUCCUCCCAACAACUCCGGGUACAACACCAACCCGGUACCGGUCAUCAUUCAGACGGAAUCGCGGGACAAAUGGACCAAAAAAAUGGAUUUUCUGUUAUCGGUCAUUGGUUUCGCGGUGGACCUUGGAAAUGUCUGGAGAUUUCCAUAUAUCUGUUAUCAAAACGGCGGCGGGGCUUUUCUUAUUCCUUACGUUUUGAUGGCUAUAUUUGGUGGAGUGCCACUUUUCUACAUGGAGUUAGCUCUGGGACAGUUCCACAGAACAGGUGCCAUAUCCAUAUGGAAACACAUUUGCCCUAUUUUUAAAGGCAUUGGUUUCGCCAUCUGCAUCAUUGCCCUGUAUGUAUCCUUCUACUAUAACACCAUCAUCGCCUGGGCUCUGUUCUACUUCUACUCCUCAUUCAGCAGCACACUGCCCUGGACCAGCUGUGAUAAUGAAUGGAACACAGAAAACUGCACCAACUACUUUGGAAAAGACAAUGUGACCUGGACGAACUACUCACGCUCACCCGCCGAGGAGUUUUACACGAGGAACGUCUUGGCGGUCCAUGAAUCGUCUGGGCUUGACAAUGUGGGAUACAUUCGUUGGCAGCUCAUGCUGUGCCUCUUCCUCAUUUUUACCAUCGUCUACUUCAGCCUGUGGAAAGGAGUCAAGACAUCAGGAAAGGUGGUAUGGGUGACUGCCACCCUGCCGUACGUGGUGCUUUUGAUCCUAAUGGUUCGUGGUGCCACUUUGCCAGGAGCGUGGCAGGGAGUGGUGUUCUAUCUCAAUCCCAAAUGGGAAAAAUUAAAGGAGACCAGUGUUUGGGUGGAUGCAGCAGCUCAGAUCUUUUUCUCUCUUGGUCCUGGGUUUGGUGUGCUGCUUGCCCUUUCAAGCUACAAUCCCUUUAACAAUAACUGCUACAGAGACGCCAUCGUAACCAGUCUGGUAAACUGCCUUACGAGUUUUUUGUCCGGAUUUGUUAUUUUUACUGUUCUGGGAUAUAUGGCCGAACAGAGAAAUAUAAACAUUGAGGAUGUAGCCAGGGACAAAGGUCCGAGCCUGCUCUUCAUCACAUAUCCUGAGGCCAUUGCAAACAUGGUUGGAUCAACUUUCUUCGCAAUCAUCUUCUUUGCGAUGAUGAUUACAUUAGGGUUGGACAGCACUUUUGGUGGGCUAGAAGCCAUAAUUACAGCUGUGAUGGACGAAUAUCCAGAUGUCCUGUCCCAACGGCGAGAGUUGUUUGUUCUCGCUCUGGUCGUUGUUUGCUUUGUGGGCUCUCUCAGCACCCUUACGAAAGGUGGUGCAUAUGUGGUAAAGUUGCUAGAAGAAUUUGGAGUUGGGUCUUCAAUUAUAGCUAUCGUCUUUCUGGAGGCCACUGCAGUAUCCUGGUUUUAUGGUGUUAAUAGAUUCAGCAACGAUAUCAAAGCAAUGCUGGGCUUUACACCAGGACUGUUCUGGAGAUUGUGUUGGGUUGCUAUCAGUCCAGCAUUUCUGGGUUACAUUAUUAUCAGCUCACUGUUGAACCCUCAGCCCCUCUCACUAUUCGACUAUGAGUUCCCAGACUGGAGUAUUACAACAGGAUACUUCAUUGCAGCUUCAUCCUUCAUGUGGAUCCCCAUAUACAUGGUGUAUAAGCUUGUGUGGACCCCAGGUUCGCUUAAACAGCGGCUUGCUGUUUGUCUGCGACCAGAGAGAACUCUACCAGACAUCCAUCCUGACAGCAUGGGUUUAAGUCCUGUUCCUUAGACCAUCUUCCAGCCAGCGAGACCAAAACAACUGAACACAAUCCACAAACAACAUUUAUCUUGAGUUACAUCUGUUCAAAAAGGAAGCUAAGAAUUUACAGUAUAAAGGUAAAGGGCAACUUUUGCAUACAUUUCUUUAAGGGAUCCACCAACUGAAAAUAAUGUUCCAAGUUAAGUAUUUGUAAGAAAUAUAACAUACAAUUGAAUUGACUCUGAAUAAUAAUAAUAAGAACA